CCGCUCCCCUCUGACCCGGUGUCUAGUCUCUCUGUCUUCCUGUUCCAAACCACGUGGACGCGUCGGGGCCCCGCUGUGGUCCCGGUGGCGCUCCCCGCUCCCGGGCCUCCGCCGACGGCGCGCACAUGGCGACCCAGACGCACUCCCUCAGCUACGCGGGGUGCAACUUCUUGCGCCAGCGGCUGGUCCUGUCCACCCUGAGCGGGCGCCCGGUCAAGAUCCGCAGGAUUCGGGCCAGGGACGACAACCCGGGCCUCCGAGAUUUUGAAGCAAGCUUUAUAAGGCUGUUGGACAAAAUAACUAAUGGUUCUCGAAUUGAAAUCAACCAGACAGGAACAACCUUAUAUUACCAACCUGGCCUUCUGUAUGGUGGAUCUGUGGAACAUGACUGCAGUGUCCUCCGUAGCAUUGGCUAUUACCUGGAGGCUCUGCUUUGCCUGGCCCCAUUUAUGAAACACCCAUUAAAAAUUAUUCUGCGAGGAGUGACCAAUGACCAAGUGGACCCUUCGGUUGAUGUUCUUAAGGCAACAGCACUCCCUCUGUUAAAACAGUUUGGGAUUGAUGGAGAAUCAUUUGAGCUAAAGAUCUUGCGACGGGGAAUGCCUCCUGGAGGAGGAGGCGAAGUGCUUUUCUCGUGCCCCGUGAGGAAGGUCCUAAAACCCGUGCAGCUCACAGACCCAGGGAAAAUCAAGCGGAUCAGAGGAAUGGCGUACUCUGUGCGUGUAUCACCUCAGAUGGCAAACCGGAUUGUGGACUCUGCUAGGAGCAUCCUCAACAAGUUCAUACCCGACAUCUAUAUUUACACAGACCACAUGAAAGGCGUCAAUUCUGGGAAGUCUCCAGGAUUUGGGCUGUCGCUGGUUGCAGAGACUACAAAUGGUACCUUCCUGAGUGCUGAACUGGCCUCCAAUCCUCAGGGCCAAGGGGCAGCAGUGCUUCCUGAGGACCUCGGCAGGAAUUGUGCAAAGCUGCUACUUGAAGAAAUCUAUAGGGGUGGAUGUGUGGACUCGACCAACCAAAGUCUAGUUCUGCUGCUCAUGACCCUUGGACAGCAGGACGUUUCCAAAGUCCUGCUGGGACCACUCUCCCCCUACACGAUAGAAUUUUUGCGGCAUUUGAAGAGCUUUUUCCAGGUUAUGUUCAAAAUUGAAACCAAGCCAUGUGGUGAAGAACUCAAGGGUGGGGACAAAGUGCUGAUGACCUGUGUUGGUAUUGGCUUCUCUAACCUCAGCAAGACCCUCAAGUGAUCCUAUCCCAACGUCUGGCUCCGUUGGGUAUGGAUGAAGCAGCAGCUGCCAAGGACCAAAGGGACCAAGUCCAGAUGCAUCCAUCCAGGACAGGACAGCCUCUCAACGUUAAAGACUUUGUUCUUUUUCCACUGAAAAUACUGAUAUGCAAAUAAAAGGUGACUAUCGUGUGGCUUCCAACUGUUCUCCAGUGACAGCAACAUUGCUUGGAGGCCCAGGCUAUGUGGGCUUCCGGGCUCACCUGGAGGAGGGGCCCUCAAUAGUGGUCAUGCUGGCAGCACUUCUGUUUCUCUGGCCUGUGGUUUGGUGUAGGGAUUAAUGUGACAGUGCUCAUCACGGCAGACCAUGAGACUGCCAGAGGCUGGGCAUCUGCCCGUUGUGUCUCUUGUCUUGUGAAGAACUUGCUUGCCAUGGGCACAUGCUGAACUUGAUCUGGUAGAUUGUGAGGGUCUGGUGGUCGGGAUGGGGGGGUAGCUAUGGAAUGUGCCAAGUGUUUCCUUUAUUCCAGGUAUGCCAUAAAUUUCUGGUUUUAGUCUUCUGAUA